AUGGCCAUGACCAACCCGCUAAAGGAUCUCAAGGACCUAUCCUUCCGAAACUCAAAAGGUCAUCGUGGGAAGCCAUCACGACUACUAGCGUCUUUCGGCACUCUACGUCCUCGCAGAGAAAUUCCUCGACAACAGCUGCCAGGACCAGGUCAUUGCGCUAUCACGGCAUGCAUGCAGCAACAGCUACUGGGGCGGGAAGGCGAAGGCAGCAAUCGCUACUUUCCGUCCGUCGCUACGAUUGACUACGCCUACGGCAACACACCUUCAGGCUCGGCUCUCAGGCGCUUGCUGCUUGACGCCUUCAUCUUCGUAGUACAUCCACCAUGGGUGGAUGAAGAUCUUCACCACCUGAAUCACGAGUUCCUGCGCGACCUCGCCACGGGCUGGUACGAGAACGGGCCGACGCUGUCUUUGGGAAGCGCGUGGAUCCCGAAAGCUACCAGAUGA